UGCUGGGGCUGGUAGUUCUCGUUGGGUGCCCGGCCCGGCCCGGCCCGGCCGCCGCUUCCUUGUCCCGGCCGUGGGGAAUCGGGACCGGCGGGCUCAGAGAGCCAGCGGCGGUUGUACCAUACUGCUGCACUGCCUGCCUGCAAACUGGUAUGGGAGCUGCUGAGCUAAAAUAGGCAUCUGCCAUGGAAUAUUUUUCAAAGGAUCAGCCUACAAGACCAGAUAGACCUAUUCGACUCCCAAGGUGUGGAUGAUCAUGGGAGAAGAGCUGUUAAAGAACAGCAUCCUUGAUCAAUUUAUAAAUAGCCAUGAGCAGUCAUAUGAGGAGUUUCUAAAUACAUUCACAUAUCUUUUGAAAGAGAAAGAGGGAAGGACAAUUCAGGGAAAUAAAGUGGACUCCUUAAGAAAGGAAUGUUCUACUUCUGAAUUACCAAACAGAAAUAAACAGGAUGGCUCACCUGAAAGAAGCAAAGAAAUGUGGGUGUCAUUUCCACCCCGGGUGCCAAAUGAGAAUGAGGCAGUGAUGAGUAAGAGCUCAACAGCUGGUGUCUCUGAUGGAAAUAAUCUCAGUCUGUCUGAAAGAGUGAAGCUGGACAAGCACUUACACUUGGAAGAUGUCGACACAGAUGAAGAGACGUGCAGUGCAGGGUCAUUAGUUCUUCCAGGAGAGGUGGAAGAGACAGUGACUUGCUGUACACCCUUCUCUGAUAAGCCUAUUCAGCCAAAUUUCAGAGCCUGGUCAGUUCCCCAGCCAUCAGACAACAAAGCCCAAGAGCUACUGGGCGAUGAUGUUCAACCAUUCUCACUUGAUGAAGAAUUUGAUUAUGACAAUGUGGCACUGACCCCUAAGUUCUCUGAAGCUGAGCUGAAGGCCAUUAUGGAGUUGUCUGAAGAGAAAAUGGGUACAGAUGUCAGAUCAGCACAAGCUGAAGACUGAGUCAAAGGUGUUCUGUGCAGGGCUGUUGGAAUGACCUUUUUAUGGCAUGAAUGCAGCUCCUCGUUGUACCCUUAUUUAGUGUUCUUAUCUGAGUGGCCAGUAAAUGGCAUCCCUGAGAUUUGUCAUUUAUUCUGUCAAGGUGCCUUGGAUCCUGUACUGGCUCAGGGUAGGUGUGCUGGAGUCACUUCUCCAUAGGAGCAAAACAAGCUGGUGGAUUUCAGAAUAGCUGAAAUAGCCAUCAUGGCUACUCUCGCUUAUAUCCGAUACUGAUUUGGUUCCUGAGUAGUACACAGCUGGUCCUAAAGCUGACUUUUACCUUGUUCUUUUAGUAAUGCAGUCAAGAGCUUUUUAACAGCUGACAAAUCAGUCUAUGAACUCUCUAAAUGUAUAGAGAUAUAUGAGUGAAUAAAUCUGGGAAUAUGUUUUUUUUCUCUGUCUUUUGAGUUACUUCAGUUCUGCAAAAAAUAAAUAUUCCUGUUUCCGACAAA